AUGGCGAACACCACGCCGAAAACGACGGCAAGCACCACGCCGAGGACAGCAGCAGCACGCCGGUCGCUGCCCCAGUCGAGCCCGGCGGCACCGGACAGCAUCAACAGCAGCCCGGCCAGCCGGCGGCGGUCAGCGGCCUACUCGAGCAGCCCCCUGGCACGCACCCCGUCCACCACCAGCAUCGCCACCUCCACAAGCAGCCGGCCCCAGUCCCUCUGCGCCACGCCCUCCCCGCUCACACGCUCCUCGCUCGGCCACCAUCGCCAGCUGCUCGCCAAGCCCCGCAUCCCCUCCGCCUCAUCCCUCCCCCCCAUCAACCAGCCCAGCCCCGGCCCCUCUGCACCCUCCACGGCCGACCAAGCCUCGACUGACAACGAGGACGACGACCUGGUCACUCAGGUCCCCGAGCAGGCCGAGCUCGACGCCGAAAUGCACGCGGCGAUCCAGACGGUGAUCCAGACGCAUGCCCGCCAGCUCAGCGGCCUCCGCCGGGUCCUGAGCUCGGCCGACCACGGAUCGGCGAUGACGAUCCACCUCCUGCACGCGGAGAUCAAGCUGCUGCAGGACCGGCUCGAGGCCGACCAGGCCGAGAUCCGCCGGCUCACUGCCCUCGCUGCCAAGCAGACCCUCCGCGAACAGCACGCCCAGGCUGCGCAGGCCCCGCCGAGGCCUCAGGGAUCGAUAGUCGACGUCUUGUCCGCGUCCAAUGACCUCGACCUGCGCCGAUACUUCCGCACGCUGCCCCCGCCCAGCCGUCUCCAUCUAUUGCAUCUGUUGCUGGAGGCCGCCGUUCCCGGAGACAUAUCCAGCCUGCGCAGGUACCUCGAGCAGAUCGAACGGUCCCGCCGCGACUUUAUUGGCCAUCUGCCGGACGAUCUCGCCGUGAAAUGUCUGCUGUAUCUGGACCUGGGGUCCAUCUUGAACGCCCGCUGCGUUUCACACCGCUGGAACGAGGUGGUGAUGGGGUCGGGCCGGGAGAUCUGGCGCAGUCUGUCGCUGGCCCUCACCUCGCGCGACGACGAGCCCCCCAGGCCGCAGGAAGAUAGCAGUUCGGGCUGGUUCGGGCUCUAUAAAGGGCUGCAUUACCGGGAGGAGAACUGGCGGAAGGGCCGAGCCCAGCGAGUCGUCGUCCUGAAGGGCCAUUCGGGCUCGAUCGGAGCCAUCAAGCUCCGAGGCGUCACUCUCGUCACCGGAUCCCUCGACGGCUCGCUGCGCAUCUGGAACGUCCGCUCCAGUAACUGUCUCAAGAUCGUCAAGAUGCCCGCGCCCGUCUCCUCGCUCGACUUCUUCGGCCAGUACGGGCCCACUGGGGUCAUUGCUGCCGGCGGCAACGAUGUGGGCCGGGUCUUUCUUAUCUCGAUGACCGGCACAAUCCUAAGCACGCUAUCUGGCCACAACAAGGGCAUCCGGACCUUGGCAAUGAACAGCCAAUACCUGGUGUCGGGGGGCUACGACAAAGCAUUGGUCGUCUGGAACUGGCGCGAAGGGACGCGGAUCGUCAAGUUCGGCCAACAGACGAACCCGUGUGCGGCGAUCUCGCUCUUCGGCGCGACGUUCAGUAGUGUCCAGGUGGACGGCGUCAUCCGCUGCUUCAGCAUCGCCAAGCGGGAGCUCGUCUCGCAGCACAAGGUGCAGACGAGCUACGAGCGGGGCGCGGACAAGCCGUCGCCGGGCGGCGAGGUUUUCCAAUGGUUCGUGGCCGAAGCCCGGCGGGUGAUCAUCGCGACGAAAACGACGAUCUUCCAGCUGGAGUACAACCUAGAUGCGACGGGGUGCGGGGCGGAUGGGCUGCCGAGUGUGGACCUGGCCGCGCCCCCCCGGCUCAUCUCCCGCACGCCCAUCACCCACGAGCUCAACUCGGGCACCCUCGACGUGCUCAAGCGCAGGUUCGCGGCCGCGCCCAGGUUCGCCACCCGGCUCGGCGACGACAUGCGCAUCUUCAUCGGCCAUCUGCCCGAACAUCCUAGCGACCAACAGGGAGCCAACGACGAGGAGGACGAGGAGACGGACGCCGAUGGACUGCAGCCGAUCGGCGGCGCUUGGCUCGACGCCGACGCCCGCGUCUCGUCCCGCAACCCCACGUGUAUGUCGUUGUCCAGCGAUCAGUUGGUCGUCGGGUGCAGCGACGGGCUGCUCUAUGCACUCGACUUCUGCGGCGACCGCUAUCGCGACUCGUCUCCCGGACCGUCUUCCGAUUGA